CCUGUAGGGGGUGACGGUAUGUCAUUUGCAUAGAGCCAACGCGGUGACCAAUCAUCGCUCAGGGAUCAUGAAUAAUUAAGUAAACGUGGAGACGGCUUCUGUCCAGCACUUUCUGCAGUAGUUCUUAUCGCGUUACGUACCCGCCAUGUCUUCACCACUGCCGUCAGUCGAGACCUCCAUCUCUCCGGUUCCCCCGGUAAUGCUGCUCGGUGACUCCUUCCCACUGGUGCUGAAGAAGCUCAUCGAGAAUCCGCCCAGGAACUUACUGGAUGCAGACGACGUCGACAAAGACAAGAAUAAAUUGGACAAAGAUGACAGUCUCGAUGGGAACCUGCUGGCGGUGUCGGCCGCGCUUAUGCCCCCUAUCUGGGAUAAGACCAUCCCAUAUGAUGGCGAAUCAUUUCAUCUGGAAUAUAUGGACCUGGAUGAGUUUCUCCUAGAGAAUGGAAUCCCAUCCAGCCCCGCACAGCUUGCUCAGGCAAUUCAGAAUCCACUAAUGCCCGUGUCCGAGCUGGAGGACGAGGAGGAGACCGCUUCUACUUCUUCUUCUUCACCAGUGUCACCAUCGGUUUUGCUACAGAACACUGAAGAAACCUCUGUAACUGUUAAAGAAGAGUCUGAUCCACCAAGUCCCAUAGAUCCAGAAAAAGUAGAAGUGGAAGUGAACUUCAAUCCGGACCCUACAGAUCUGGUGCUCUCCAGCGUGCCGGGCGGGGAGCUUUUUGAUCCGCGGAAACACAAAUUUGCAGAUGAAGAGUUGAAGCCGCAACCCAUGAUCAAAAAGGCCAAGAAAAUUUAUGUCCCGGAGGACCUGAAGGAUGAAAAGUACUGGAACAGGCGGAAGAAGAAUAACGUGGCGGCGAAGCGCUCUCGAGACGCCCGGCGACUGAAAGAGAACCAGAUCACUGUCCGAGCAGCUUUCCUAGAAAAAGAGAACACCGCCCUGCGUACAGAAGUGGCCGAGCUACGGAAGGAACUGGGCAAAUGCAAGAACAUCAUAUCCAAAUACGAAAACCAAUAUGGACACUUUGACUUCAGUGAUUCAGAGUGAUUCUUCUUUCAAAUUUUUUUUUUUUUUUUUUGCUCAAACUUUUUUGUGCGAUUAAAGCAAAUCGAUUCCCAGACGGGAUCCCUGUGGAUUUUUACACUUACGGUAUGGAAAUAUUUCUACAAGCCUACAACUGCUUCUAUGGACUCUAAAGGCCAUUUCCAGAUGAAGAGAGAUUAUUAUUUUUUGGGGGGUUGUACAUUUUUUUAUUUUUUAUUUUUUCCUUAAGUUGCAUAGGAGUUGGGCUGACAUAUCUGAGCAGCAGUCCGCACUUUUUUUUAUUGUUUUUUAUUUUAUUUUUGUUGUUUUUUUUUUUUUUUUUUUUUUUUUUUCCCCUUGUGCUAGACAGGAAGGUUUCAGUACAGAGGAAUCGGCAGUAGUGCUACUUUUAAAAAAAAAAAAAAAGUUUUUUAUUUUUUACUACCUAAAGGGUAAAGCAGGUCAUACACCUCAGAUUACGAAAGAAAGAAACAGAGCGCUCCUUUUGUGUAGGAUCCGAAUACAGGAACAGAGUAGCACAAAAUAAUUGGUUAUGCCAACCUGGUUCGGUUGUGCAGGAAUAAGGCACAACACUUAUGUAGGCGAAUCCGGUUGCAGCAGGCUUCCCACGCCGGGUGGCGUGUAACAACGAUACGGAAGGACCUCACAGGGUAAUUGGAAGGUCUCCCCGCGCUUGCCGGUAUUGUAGAUCAAACCAU